AUGGGAAACUGUCUAUCCUCCACGGAUCAGAAGGAUGCCAAGGACAGGAGCGUGGCCAUCGACAAGCAACUCGAGGAGGACAGUCGCAAGUUUAAGAAGGAAUGCAAGAUCCUCCUCCUCGGCUCGGGAGAGUCGGGCAAGUCGACGAUCGUCAAGCAGAUGAAGAUUAUCCAUCAGAAUGGCUACAACAAGGACGAGCUGUUGCAAUACCGACUCACGGUCAUCAAGAACCUGGUGGAUUCGGCGCAAGCCAUUGUGCUCGCUCUGCGAAAGUUCAAGAUGGAGCCCGAGAUGCCAGAGAAUCGCGAGAAUGUGGAUGCCAUUCUGCAGUACAGAGUGGAUGCCGAUCCAGGCGCGACACUAGAUCACGCCAUGGCGAGAAAGGUAGACUCUUUGUGGAAGGACCCCAUUAUCCCAGCCAUCAUGGAACGCAGCAGCGAGUUCUACCUCAUGGACAGCGCAUCAUACUUCUUCGACAACGUCAGCCGCAUCGGACAACCGGACUACAUUCCCGACGAGAAUGACGUGCUUCGAGCGCGUUCGAAGACGACCGGCAUCAGCGAGACGCGCUUCAACAUGGGACAGCUCUCAAUACACCUCUUUGACGUCGGAGGACAGCGUUCCGAGCGUAAAAAGUGGAUUCACUGCUUCGAGGCGGUCACGUCCAUCAUCUUUUGCGUGGCGCUCAGCGAGUACGAUCAGGUGUUGCUCGAGGAGAGCGGUCAAAACCGAAUGGCCGAAUCGCUGGUGUUGUUCGAGUCGGUGGUCAACAGUCGAUGGUUCUUGCGCACAUCCGUCAUCCUCUUUCUCAACAAGAUCGACAUCUUCAAGCAAAAGAUUCCAAAACAGCCGCUGUCCAAGUACUUCCCCGAGUACAGCGGCGGCCCGGAUAUCAACAAGGCGGCCAAGUACAUUCUCUGGCGAUUCACACAGACGAACCGAGCGCGGUUGAGCAUCUACCCACAUCUCACGCAGGCGACGGAUACGAGCAACAUCCGCCUGGUGUUUGCUGCGGUCAAGGAGACGAUUCUGACCAAUGCGCUCAAGGACAGCGGCAUUUUGUGA